CUCCCCCCUCAGUUUAACACUAUUAACUUUGUCAGUCAGUUGAAAAUCAUUGCCUGUGGACCAGCUAGCGGUAAACUCACGAGUUGAAGGUACCUGUGUGCCGCACCACUGCAGGAUAGAAAUUAUGAAUGGAUUGGCACACUACUUUCAUUUCACACUAGGACAAGACACUCUGGCCAGAACUUUUAGGCAGUUGUGGACCAACCGUGGUUGUGAUCAUACAUGGACUUUCAGAUUUUAUUGGAUAUAAUUAUUUAUCAAUUAUCGAGUAUUAAUUAGUGGCUUACAUGUAUUUCUAUAUGGUUGUGAAAGACUAAACUUUGCUUGUUUCUACAUAUGUAUGUGCCAUUUGUCAACGGACUGAAGUUAUUGUAUUAAUUUUUAUGAGCACUGAUGUUUCAUAAGUAUAUAAAUAUAUUUAUUUAUUAAAUAUUUAUAUAUUUUGUAUGUGACUACAUAUGCAUUAAACCAGUAUUUAAGAAAAAGUGGACAAAAGCUGUAGCCUAGCAAAUUGGCUCUAGUGGCUAUACUGACAGAACUUCCCCCCCACGAACGGAAAUUCGUUGAUAUCAUCAUAAUCCAUAAAAAAUGUUUUAUAACCUUUAGCCAAAAGUUACAUUAAAAAAACAACUUAAAAAUAUGUUGACAUGAAAUUAUGCACAUGGAAUUUGUAAACUGCGUCAAAAUUUGGAAUGUGGGAUUCUUUAACAAAAACCUCAGCGGGAGUAGCCGGUUGUAAAGAGUGUGAGGCGGCAGCCACGGGUUGUCGGUCCGGUUGCAACCUGGCACCCGUAACUGUUGAAAGGGACCGGGACUUUCUGUGGAUACGCACAAAAAUGCCUGUCUGUAUUUGGCCUGAAACAUGUUUAUUGGGCUGUACAUCUUCAUUGCACGAACAUCUGUUGGGAGGCAAGAUGCCCAUGUUGCAGUCCCCGCUCAGUGUCAUGAUGUACAACAACGAAGUGCCAUUCUCAUCACCUCCCCCAGCACACAUGGGCAUACCACCCGUCACCAUAGACCCCAAAACAGGUUUGCCUCUGAGGCACCCGUUUCCAUACCCCACCGCCCCUGGUCAGUUUCCGCCUUCAUUAUACCAUGACAUACAAUGGCAGCGGCCCCCAGGUUACCCCAUCUCAGGUGCCUUAGGUGGGCCCUAUCCGCCGUCUUUCACAGCCCGCUACCCCCCUGGCCUCUUUCCCCCUGGUGUGCCCCCUGGCAUGCCACACCCAAUGGCGGGACCAAACAAGGACUCAGACAAUCACAGACACGGUUAUGACGGAAGCGGGAACCAGAGUCCGCAGCCUGAAAAGAAGAAGCCCCAUAUCAAGAAGCCCCUGAAUGCUUUCAUGUUAUUCAUGAAGGAACAGCGGGCGAAGGUGGUCGCAGAAUGCACCCUGAAAGAGUCUGCAGCAAUAAAUCAAAUUCUGGGAAGACGGUGGCAUGCUUUAGAUCGAUCGGAACAGGCUAAGUAUUACGAAAUGGCGCGGAAAGAAAAAGAAUUACACCUACAACUAUACCCUGGUUGGAGUGCACGAGACAAUUAUGCUGUCCAUGCAAAAAAGAAAAAAAGAAAGAAGGAUGUAAUACCGGGCCAGAAAAGCCCACGGCCCGAUGAUCGAUUUAUGGACAAUCCUGCAUUUGGAGAGUGUACAAGUAAUGCCAAAAAGUGUCGUGCGCGGUAUGGUAUGGAACAACAAAAGAACUGGUGCAAACCGUGUCGGAGGAAGAAAAAAUGCAUUAGGGUUUAUGGUGACGAUUGUACAGACGAGGAGGACGAUGAGAUGAGUGACAGCCAAAUGGGCGGAGACAGUUACCAUGACAGCGACUCCAUGCUGGGCAGCCCUGCCCUCUCCUCUGCCAGUGAGGACCCUUUCUCCACCCCCAGCAAGUCCCGCAGCCUGAAGAGGGCAGGCGUAGAAUCUCCACUCGUACACAACUCUACAUGUGACCUGCCAACACACGACCUGGAUCAUGCCUUCAAGGCGGCGUCUCAGGGAGCAAUGCCUGCCAGCCAUUCACCAUUCUCAGUAUUUAACCUCUAUGACCGUGAUCGACAUUUGCCGGACCGAUACAUUUCUCAACAGUUUCCUCACAUGUCAAUGAACGCUAGCUCAUCCCCAAAGCCUUUCGGGCUCAGUAGAUCAUAUAGCAUCGAGUCUCUGGCAAAAUCAUCCGUCAAUUCUGACUACAAGGAAAAAGAGCAUGCUGAUCAAAAUACGUCAAUGGAAUACGCAGAACUGUCCCCACUUUCAAGUCCAGGAAUUUUAGGCUCGCCAAAGUUUAGUUUGACCACAUUUGGCGAGGACAUCAAUAAAAACCUGAGCCCUAAGAAAGCUUUAAAUAACUCUUUCAGUAUUUCAACCCUUUCUGUUUCUUCAGUCACUCCCUCCAGAGUGCAUUGCAGCUAACACGUAGUGUCGUUACUGACAGAAUGGUUCAAGUGUCCUUAUUAAAAAAAACAAACUUUCACAAGGCCUUUUGUUUAUUCAUAUUUCAUCGUAUGUGUGGCAUUUAGAUCAGUCCGCAGAUCGGUCAAUUUGGCAGGAGCAUGAACAACAACCAGUCUUCAAGUUUAGUUGUCUGCUGUACCCAGUCUACAGAAUCGUCCCACGAGUGGGUGUGAUCGCAUUCCUCAUUGCGUUUGAACCAGGGAUCUCAGCUGUUUUUCUGUGCUACUUAGCUUUCUGACCACAAUCACUGGGGACUCAUUUAUUUAACGUUACGUCUUCAUCUACUAACUACUAAGCCAAAAGAUUGUCAGCUGAUGCUUGGACAAAGUGCAUGUCAUAUUUGUGUGGUCUCUUGUUGUAAAGCUUUAUUUCUGUAUUAAACCAAAGACUCUUAAUAUUAAAGAGCUUGGUGAAUGAAGAAAACAUCUAAUAAAGAUGAUCACACGAGGCAUUGAUGUCAAAGUGAACAUGACUGCCGAGGCAUGCAGCACGUUUCCAGUGAUGUCUUCAGAUUGCCAAAUCUUGACUGUGUUCAUACAAAUCAAAUGAUAGACUGGUUUCUUAUAAGGAAGGAGCCACAUUGGAAGUGUUAACAAUGAAGCCUUGUUCUGGAAAACUGGGCUAAAUACAUGAGAGUAUAGUUUCUUCCCAGAUAGAUAAGCCUGCAUUUUCUGCACCGGUCAAUCUGGGAUGACACUUUCCGCUUUUAUGGAAUUUUUCCUGAAUAAGAAAUCUCUUUAAUGAAAAUUCAGCUUAGGCAGAAAGUGUUGUCCCAGAUUAUCCUGUGCAGACUGCACAGGCUAAUCUGGGAUGACACUUUGCUCACAUGCAUUGACCCAAAAUUCCUAGAACAAGGCUUAAUGCAUGUUUAACAGUCUCACCUGGUGACUUCACAACAUUAUUUUGUAUGUGUACUUAUUAAACAUUGUGUUAUACAUUUUUGUGGGGGCAUGUUGUUAGUAUAAUGUUAUUAUUGCUAUAAAGUUUGUAAAAUUGUUAGCAGUGCAUUUUUCUGUAUAAUGUGAUAUAUAGGAACAACUAUUACUCUUUAUUGAAACACUUCUUGUUAUUUGUUUUCACUGUUGUAAAAAACAAUGCUUCAGUAGUUUAAUUUUUGUUUGAUGGCUAAAUCAUUAAGUAAUCACUUUCUUUUUUAUGUAUAGUUUCAACCGACUACUUCAGUUACCUACUUACUGUAUUGAAUAGUUUGUACACCAUUUUUAAAAAACUUUUUCUAAUGACUUGUUUUAAUGUUUUUAUCAAUUAAAAUAUCACAGUUAAAUCUACUUGUAUAUGAGUUGAUCUCUGGGAAUACUGUGCUAUUAGAUGUGUGUACAGAAUUGCUGCAGAUUGGCAUGUGCAGUUUGUACUGGCUAAUGGGGAUGUCACUUUCUGCUUUGUUGAAUUUUUUCUGAUGGAGGGUGUUCUCUUCAUUACAAAAAUCCAGUCAAGGCGGAAAGAGUCGUCCCUGAUUAGCCUGUGCAGACUUCACAGGCUAAUUCAGGAGGAUACUUUAUGCACACGAAUCAAGUCCAGUUUUUCCAAUGAUUGCUCAUAUGUUAUAUGUGUGUAAAGGAAAAACAAAAACUUCAAUGGUGACCAUAAAAUAUCUUUUUAUGUUAUGAACAUCUGAACCAAGUUCUGAUAAAUUGACCAAUUAAGUGAUGUACAAACACUCCGCAAUUGUUAAAACAGUUGUGUUAAAACCAAAACAAACACUAAUUUUAGUAUUUUAUGGACAGAUAUCAGUCGGUCUGUUGCAAUACUGUUGAUUUUUUACAACAGACAAAUAUCAUGUAGCUACAUAUCACAUUGAAGUUGCAAGUUUAGAAAAGCUUUGUUUUCCACAGCAAAUUUCAAUCAAACAGUAAGUUUAAUUCCUUAAAUGUGAAACUAGUUGAGGUCUGUAACUGGCCCAACAGACAUUCAUUGAUUUCUUGUCUACAUGUCAUAUGGAACUUGUAGCCCCUAUCGUACAAUAUAUAACAUAUAAAUGUUAUGAUGUGUAUAUUUUUGCAAAAACAAUGUGCUUUGUAUAAUGAUCUUUUGUCCGUGCCAUUUUUGUAUGUGUGGUUGGAAACCCGUAGGAUAGCAGUAUGCAUUUUAAAUGCCAACACCUGCUCAAUAUCUAUGGAUCAUGCAGCAUGUAUAGAGUCUCAUAAAUGCACAUAUCUUUCUUAUUAACAUGACAUACAGGGUCCUGUGUUAUUAUAGGAUCUUAUGGAACAGAAAACUAUAAUUAGGACAAAAUUUGCCCCUUAACUUCUUCUGUAAAAAUGCAUAAUCUUUUUCAUCUUUGAAAUACCAGAUGUAUCAGGUAUUAUGUUGUCCAUGUUAUAGAGUUUUGUGCAAACAAUUUGCCAGCGAAGAUGAUGUCCAUUAAAGAAUUUUAGUCAAUCUGGACACUGUUUUCACUUGUUUAUGUCGGAUCAGAAAGUGUUGAUAAUCAUCUUUAGAACUCUGUGUUCAGAGUUUGUAACAUGGACACUACCAGUGUGUAAAUGAACUAUGAAGCAUCGGCAGCAACAUACAAGAAUGAAUGUGCAGAUACAAUGUGUCUUGUUCUGAGAAAACUGGGCAUUAUGCAUGUGCGUAAAGUGUUGUCCCAGAUUAGCCUGUGCAGUCCGCACAGGCUAAUCAGGGUUGCACUUUCCGCUUUGAUGGUAUUUUUCGUUUAAAGGAAGUCCCUUUUUACUGAAAAUCUAGUUUAAGCGUACUGCACAGGCUAAUCUGGGACGACAAUUUACGCACAUGCAUUAUGCCCAGUUUUAUCAGAACAAUACACAAAUGAUCAUUCUGAAUAGAAAUAAAGACACAAAUAGUUUAAAAAAAUCUGUUAUCAAUUAUAUUGUUUGUUCAUAUUUGUAUUAUGUAUAACAUAAUAUUGAUACAUGUAUGUAUAAUAUAUAUAAUUAAGUGACAUUUGUCCGGCAAUUAGUUAAGGCUAAUGUAGACUGAUAUUUGUUGCCCUCUGUGAAUAAGUAAGCAACUUGAAAUGUUCUGAGACUUCUGCUAGAUCAUUGUACAAACACUGGGGCUGUCGGCUGUAGUUAUAAAUUAAUAUAAGAGCUUGAUUUACUUCAUGAAUUUUGAAACAGCAAGUGUGUGGCAGUCUGACAGAAAUAUUUAUGUUUACUUAUCAAUUAACAUUAAAUGUUUGGCAUAUAGCUUAUCAUUUGUACUGACUUUGUUAUGCCAUUAUUAAGAUUAAUUGUUUUGACACUUCAGGUAAAUGAUCAUUGGUGUUUGCAAAAUGUUAACAGAAAUUUCUUUGUAAUUUAAACCUUGCAGUUCUAUAGGGAUAUAUCUGACUGAUGAAGUGUUACAUCUAAAGAGUUUAGAUUUUUACACUUGUCAAGACAAUUAGUAUCUGCUAUAGUAAUAUUAAAACAAUAAAUCCUUUCUCUGUAUCUAUUAAAUAAUGAAUGAAAUAUAUUUUGCAGUGAACACAAUUUUGGUAAGAAUUAAUUUUGUCAGAGAGAUAUGGCUUUUGAACGUACCUGUGUCUCAUUAUGUACAUUUUGCAUAUGUAUUUCCACUCAGUGGAUAGAACGCUUGUUUGUCUGAUAUUUCAGUUUGUGUAUGAUAUAAUAUGUUGGUCUACCUCUUUCUCUUGUUUUCUUGUUCAAAUUUUUUAUGAAUAAGUACAUUCUUAUAAUACGUAAUGAAAAAAUAGUUCAGUAAGGUCUCACCCAAAAAAAAUUAAGCUAAUCUCAAUAAUAACAGGUAAAUGAUGAUAAUAUGCAAUUUCCUUUUAAUUCUUUAGGAAAAUACCUUAUGAAUACUUGUCAAUACAGGUCAGCUUAAAAACACUUGUUUGGAGUAUGGAACAGUUGGUAGUUAUAUUAAAUUCUAGUCAGAUGUACUAACUGCCAGUGUAGAUGUCCGCAAUUGUUCACAUAAAGUAGCUUCUCUAACCUUUGCAUUUCAAAUGUUGUAUAUCUAAUGUGUGUAAACCAAUGAUAGCAUGUAUUGUUUG